AUGGGAAAGCUGGAGGACAUUUGUGAUCGAUAUUUGUCGAGAAGAGAAGAGCAAAAGAAGGUGAUUGAUGCAGUUGAAAGAUGUCUGAAAAAAGGAUACGACUACGAAAAGCUGAAGGAACGCGUCAAUUCGGCCGUCGAGGAUUCACACAAAGCAAGCAAAGUCAUUUCGGCCGUUUGCGAUCAUUAUCCACAACUGAGAAAGAGAACUCGGAACGAUAGAGAUGAUGACCGGGACAGGAAGAGAGACCGCGUCGACGUCAAAAAGGAGAGAGAGAAAGAGAGUUCGAGACGAGAGGAUAAUGGAAAUGGAAGAAAGGCCGAGGAGAGACCAGUCAUCCAGAAGCUGGAGGAUAAGAAAGUGAGCGCGACGACUGAGGAUCAGCUGAGAGCCAAGGAACUGUUGUACAAGGCGCAGCAGGAGAUUGAGGAGAAGAAAAGAAAAAUGGCCGUGCAGGCAGGAACACUGCAGCCACAGGCGGCUCUCGAUCAGUCUAUUAGUGGAGCGCAAACCGGAUCGGCUCAGAAGACGCUGUCGUUGGGACGAGACGAAGCCACGAUGUUCAUGAACUAUUCAAUGGACAAAAAGACGAGAAUGGAGCAGCUGAGGUCCAAAUUGGCCCAGAAACCGGUCGUCGCGAAACUGAACGCCCUCGUGGCGAGCACAGGGCCUGCCGGAGUGAUGGCUCCUCUGCCUGCGGAAGUGCAGCAAGUGGAGAAACAAGUGCAACAGCAGAUCACGAAGGAAUCGAAAGAGCCGGAGAGACUGAUCGAGUACCUCGAUCCACGAAUCAGUGCGAAAGGAGCGGAUCGGCGGAGACGUGGAUUCAACUUUCAUGAGAAAGGAGAGUUCGAAAAGUUGGCGAACAAACAGCGUGCAAUGGCCAAGUUGGAACGUCUUCAAAACGAAGUUUCGUCGGCGGCGCAGUCAACUGGAAUCUCUUCCGCAGUCAAACUGGCAAUGGUCACACCGACUGGAACGGCAAAGAUGGAGAAUGGAGUUCCCGACAUCGAGUGGUGGGAUAUGCUGGUUCUGGACAAAGUCAAGUAAGUGUUAGUAUUUUCGAUAAGUUUCACCAUUCACCAGUUUCGCUACUGCCGGCGCGCAAUUCAAAACACCUAUGAGUUUCACGAUAAUCCUUUUUUCAGCUACGACGAAAUUCCCUCAGUCGAUGACAAGGAACGAUACUCUCAGACGGUUUCCGAGCUCGUCGAGCAUCCCAUUUCAAUGAAGCCGCCAACAGAACCCCUUUCUCAGCAGUAUCUCAAAGUGUAUUUGACAACGAAGGAAAAGAAGAAGAUCCGCAGACAGAACAGAAAGGAAGUGCUGAAAGAGAAGACUGAAAAGAUUCGUUUGGGUCUUGAAAAAGCUCCAGAACCGAAGGUCAAGAUCAGCAAUCUGAUGAGAGUUCUCGGAAACGAAGCCGUCCAGGAUCCGACUAAAAUGGAGGCUCAUGUGCGGAAACAGAUGGCAGAGAGACUCCAAAAGCACGAGACUUUGAAUGCGGAACGAAAGUUGACAGAAGACCAAAAGAGGGCAAAGAAGACGAAGAAAUUGGCGGAAGACACUUCGACUGCCGUCAAUGUGACCGUUUACCGGUAGGUUGUGAAUCCUGUUAAAUCUUCAAAACCGCUUUUAUUUUGUAGUGUCAAAUCAUUGGCUCAUCCGUCCAAAAAGUUCAAAGUUGAGACGAAUGCAAAGCAGUUGCAAAUGAGCGGAGCCAUCAUGAUGCACAAGGCACAAAAUGUGAUUGUCGUGGAAGGAGGGCCGAAGCAACAGAAGUUCUACAAGAAUCUGAUGCUCAGCAGAAUCAAAUGGUCCGAUGAGAUCAUCGGACAGAAGAAAGACGCGGAGAAGGAUGCUCCGGGAGAGAGAAAUCAAUGUGAAUUGGUGAGAAUUUGCGCGAACUUCCUCGUUCUCAAAAAGUAAUUUCAGAUCUGGGAAGGACAGGUCAAACGGCGCAACUUCCGCGACUUCACUGUGCACACGGCGACGCUUGAGAAACAGGCUCGCGAGUUCUUCGAAAAGCACGGAGUCGCCCAGUAUUGGGAUCUCUGCUACAGUACGACGGUGUUGCUGGAGGGACAAGACAUUCUUCCGACCGCCUAG